AUGAUCCCGGGGCACGGGCCGGUGAUCCAGUCGGUGCUGGGAACCUUCCUCACCUGGGGGCUGACAGCGGCUGGCUCGGCGCUGGUGUUCGUGUUUUCCAGCGGGCAGAGGCGGAUCCUAGAUGGGAGCUUAGGCUUCGCUGCGGGGGUCAUGCUGGCCGCUUCCUACUGGUCCCUCCUGGCCCCGGCUAUCGACAUGGCCGAGGAGUCUGGCAGCUUCGGAGCCUUCGCUUUCUUCCCGGUGGCCGUGGGCUUUGCCCUGGGAGCAGCUUUCGUGUACUUCGCCGACCUGCUCAUGCCGGCACUGGGUUUCAGCGGGCCUCCCCACGCAGCGUUUGCCUUGAGCUGUGACCAACGAGCGGUGAAAGAAAAAUAUGAGCGUGAACCUGCCCAUCACCUGGACUACGAGAGCGAGUUGUCCAUCCGGAUAGACAAAGGUGAGAACGGGGAGCCCUAUCAGAGGAGGAAGGGUGCCGGUGCCAGCCUGCCAGACGGCCCCCCGGCAUUCCCCACGGCCAGGGACAGUGCCCCGAUGGCCGGCAGCAGCAGCUGGAGGCGGAUUAUGCUGAUGAUCCUCGCUAUAACCAUCCACAACAUCCCAGAGGGUCUGGCAGUGGGAGUUGGAUUCGGGGCUAUUGGAAAAUCUGCGUCUGCGACCUUCCAAAGCGCCAGGAACUUGGCAAUCGGGAUUGGGAUUCAGAAUUUCCCGGAGGGCCUGGCUGUCAGCCUGCCUUUGCGUGGCGCUGGAUUUUCAACGUGGAAAGCGUUCUGGUACGGGCAGCUGAGCGGCAUGGUGGAGCCCUUAGCCGGCGUCUUCGGUGCCUUCGCCGUGGUGGUGGCAGAGCCUCUCCUCCCCUACGCCUUGGGCUUUGCGGCUGGAGCAAUGGUCUACGUGGUGAUGGAUGAUAUCAUCCCUGAGGCACAGACCAGUGGCAACGGGAAGCUGGCUUCCUGGACCUCGAUAUUAGGAUUUGUGGUGAUGAUGUCCCUGGACGUUGGGCUCGGGUAGGGCAGCGCACUGCUCCCCAGGAGAAGACUUCAGAGCAAACUGAGUGGCGGCGUUUGGAACUGGACAUGCGUUAUCCUCUAGACUUUUUUUGUAUAUAUAUUUUUUUUGGAUCUGGUUUGGUGUUGAUUUCCUAUAAUUUUAUAUCUCUUCCUCCCCUCCAACGUCAUGUCGAUGGUUUUCAAAGCACAAAUACGGGUGGUUCCUCGCAGGUCCUGGUUUCCUUUCGCCACCAGAUUUUCUUUUCCUUUCGGGAGGGUUGUUGGACGACGCGUCGGCUGGGCUGCAGGUCACCCUGUCCUUUCCCUUCCGCGCUGGGCUGGUUUCUCUGAGUCAGGUCGCUCUGGGUUUUGAUCAUCUUUGUUCUGUAGAAGAUUAGAAAUUCACUGUCGCGUGUUUAAGCUGGUCUGUGGUUAAGUACCAAGGCAUUUGAAUGGAGUAAACUCCUUACGGAGUCUCGAUUUCCACACUGUUUUCGAAGGGCAGGUGGAAGGCAUUAGGGCUAAGGUAACACGUACAGCACUGCGGGACCGCAGGUCUCGUGUAUCCUGCUGGUCCUUGGGAAUGUUUUAGGGUGUUAGUUUUGAUGGAUGCAAAUAGUCCAGGCAAAUAAAAAUGAAUUUUCUCGGGAUCUCUGCAAGAGGGAAAUGUCAUCUUUUCCUAAAUUUAUCUCCUAAGCGGAGCUUUGUUCCAAUGCAUUGUGUCCAAUACCUCGAGGUUUUCUCUGAAGAAAAAACCAAACAAACAAGAGAGAAGAAUAUUUGUGUUUUCUAGCAUGUACUCUUUGAAAUGGCAAGGUGUGGUCAUCCACGUCGUUGAUGAUGUGCUGCCUGACUGGUGUACAGCAGGAUGCGUUUCCACGUGGGCCCAUGACUCUGGCCUUACCGAGCGAUUGCUGGUUUACGGCUGCUGGUUCCAAUGGUUCAUAACUCCCCGAAGAGCCGACGCAGGUUUUUCCCGGUGGUGGCCCUGGUCGCACUUCACCCCGCAGAAGAGCUCGGAGCUGAGUCAGGACCUGAGUGUGCCGGGAGCUCUCGUCUUCCUGAGCAGCAGCAGGAUGAAAUAAUUCAUCAGAGUGAAUUAGUUAUCCUACCUGAAGAGCCAGAAACAUGCACCGCGUGUGCCUGCCCCUUCACCCUCUGCUUUUCAAGCAUCUCUUGUUGAACGGCCAUUCCUGAGCAGGCAGGAUUAGUCCCUUCCAGGCUGAGGAGCGAGCCCUGCCUGUCCCUCCCUGUGCCUGGUGCAUGCUUGAGUGAGGAGCAAAAUGCCGAAGUCGGAAGGAUGCUGCAAACCACACCUCCCUCUUCGCUAAGGAUGCUUCUGUCUUCAGUAAAAAGGGGUUCAUUAGACCCUUCAGCGGGUAUAACUGGAUCGCCUGGCUGCUGCCUGCAUCUCAGUCCCUCCGCAGCCACGGGGCUCUUGGGGGAGCGGGGCUGCGAGCGUGGGGGGUCACGGACCAUCAUUCGGUCCUGCCGGAGAAGCUGCAGGAAGGGCAGCCAAAGGGAACAGUCUUGAAUAAACUUAAGCUAGAGCCAUGCAUUUUUGUUUGGUUCUUUUUUUGGUUGGAUUUCAUUUGUACUUCAUUUGUGUGUCACUCUGGAUGAUACAAAACUACUGUUUGCCAAUGGAUUUGACCU